AUGCUCGGCCACGAUCUGUCGUACUUGUUGGAGGUCCUCAACAUCGGCGACGGCGAGACGGAAGAUGAGCUGGACGAACGCUUGCGGUUAGAGGCCAAAGAGCUCGGGGUUGAUGUGGACGAGCAGAAGACACUCGAGAUCAAACCGUUCAGGCCAUACUACCCCGAGUACCCUCGCCGUUCUGAAUCCAUCGACUCCAGAGCCUCGCAGUCUACCGGCUUGACUUCCAACUACUCUGACCUGUCCAAAGACUAUCAUGGCCACAGACGACCCUCUCGAACGUCGCUGUCCUUCCGAGACUAUGAUGCCUUUGUCGCGAGAGGGGUGCCAGUCGGCAGACAUUCGAUCUCCUUCUCGCCUCUUUCCACGCCAUCCCACUCGACCUUCUCACUCCCCCUCUCACAACCAUCCUCUCCAGACCCAUCGCCUAAGAGACACUUCCGCCGCAUUCGCGGUUUGAGCAUGCUUAGGCUGCAUCAGCGACUGGGAUCGGAUACAUCUCUUGCUGAAGGCUGUCCGCACUGUCCUCAGGAUCUUUCCAGCCAACGACGAGCAGUCCAUAAGCUGCCAUGCGGUCAUCGAUUGUGCACUCAAGCGUUGAGGAACACGGUCAGGACCGCGACCGAGAGCAAGACAGGCGCAGUCCCAAGCUGUUGUGGCCGACCAAUCCCUGGCGGUUUGGUAGAACAUGUGAUGACACAAGAGGAACAGAACGCUUUGUUGGAGAAGUUGGAACAGUGGGAUGAGGCUAUAUCCCUCGCGCCUUCUAUAAACAGCUCACGCCGUGGUUCGAUCCCCUCAAUACAGCAACAGCAACCACGUCCCGGAGCACUGUCCCAACGAAGCCGCACCGUGUCCGACGAAUGGAGAUAUGAUAAUCUGUCCUUCAAGCAGCGCAAAGAGUUGGAGAGGAUGAUGGAGAGGGAGGAUUACAAAUUGCUGCGUACAGGUCAGGGAGAGCAACGAGACCGCUUCUUGAGAUGGGCCGACAAAGAACGCUCAGAAUUGGAGAAGAAACAUGAGACUUCACGAGAGGAGAGGCGAAACCUUCAUGAGACGGCUGUGGAGGAUAUGGUCGAACAUCAUGCGACUGCUAUCGCGGAGGCAGAGGACAAGCAGGUUAAAGCAGAGUCCGACUUGCGCGAAACCCAGGAGCAGGAGAAGCGAGACAAUGCCACAGCUCUUAAGCACAUCGAAGCUUUCUGUGCUGGAACUUAUAGUACUGGUGAACUUCACAACCGACCAGUGACAGACCAGUCUCUCGCCGAGCUUGACAAGGCACGACGCACGCGAGAUCAGAUGGAUGCCAAACACAGCAGUCAGAUCAAUGUCCUGCGCGGCGAGCAGUCUCGGCGUAUGCGUCUUCGGUGUCAACGUCAGGAACGCGAGCUUCAAGAGCUCAAGCGACAGCAGCGCAAAGAAGAACUCGAGAUGGAGCGUGCAUGCACUGCCGAACUUCUGAAGCUGGACGAAAGCGUUGCGGAGAAGCGCAGGAAGAUUCGAUGGCGCUGGGAACUGCAAAUUGCCAUCUUCACGAAGAAGGUCGAGUCUGAAACUGGCAUUCAACUCGGCAGUAAUUGUCGUCUGCCGACGAAGGGAAGGGCCACAUUUACCACGGCUUUGCGGUCAGAGGAACGGCGAGAACUCCGCUCGCGAAGGAGAUCCAUGUUGGAUGACGAAAAUGACAUGGCAAAAUGA